GAAAAAUAUUAUUCUGUUGAGAAAAGUAAAACUGAUGGGGAAGAGAAGGUUUCAGAAAGCAAAGGAACCGUCAGUGACGGCGACGGUAGCAGAAGUUUCAUCUCCGACGGAGUCUCAGACUACAAGGAGACGAAGAGGAAGGCCAAGGAAGAAUCUUGAGAACCCAGAAGAUUUCAAGAAGGAAGAAUCUGAAGAAGACGAGGAUUACGAAGAGUAUGAGGACGAAGAAGAAGAAGACGACGAAGCUGAGGUUAUUAACAGAGAGAAGCAGAAGAAGAAAGUUAGGAGUAGUAGUAGUAUGGAAGAGGAGCAAAAGAUGAAACAUGAAGAGUUAGAAGAGGAGGAGAAGCCGGAGAUGACGAUGAAGGUGGUGGUUCCACCGCCGUCGUCUAGACGGUCGAGGAGGAAAAGCACGCCGGUGAAGAGCUGGUAAAUCUUUAUUACCGUAUCAUUAAUGGAGUUCUUGUUUUUGUGUGUGUUUUUGGAUUAACUAUUGUUGGAUUCUAAAUUAAUUGAAACCCUCAUGGGAAGAAAAAACAAUUGAUUUU